AUGCAUUAUAUCAUGAAUGACUGGAGUUUGGCCCACAAUGAUGGAAAGUCAUGGCUUGCAGCAGUCACGAUUUCUCUUAAGAAGGCUGAGAAUGCGAUGAGUCAAGUCACUUUCAUGCUUAUCUUGGAUGUCAAGACCUGUUGGUCAUCCACACAUCAGAUGCUCUGGCAGGCACUUGAUUUUCAUCAAGCUAUUGAUGACUUCAUUGCAAAGACUUGA